CUUUACCUGCUCUUCCCAUCUUCGUGCAGCCCUUUCGCCUGGGGGAAGAGGCCUCCCCCCCGCCCGCCUCAGCUCCCACCUCUUCCAGCUUCUCCGCUGCCGCCCUCCCGGAGCCCGAGGAGCAGAAAAAGGGGAACUUGGCCCCCCUUCUCCGCCAGAUCCUCCUCGCUCGCUCUCGGCGUUAUUGUUGUUCUUCAGCUGACUCGGGGCCCCAGAAUAACGUGAAGGUUUUGGGGUUCACCCCCCACCUUCUCUCUGCUCUAAGUGAUUGUCUAAAAAAUUAAAAAUGGCCGAGAAUGUGGUGGAGCCGGGCCCGCCUUCAGCCAAGCGGCCUAAACUCUCCUCACCGGCGCUCUCCGUGUCCGCCAGCGACGGCACAGAUUUUGGAUCACUCUUUGAUCUGGAACAUGACUUGCCAGAUGAACUGAUCAGCUCCACAGAACUUGGACUCACCAAUGGCGGUGACAUUAAUCAGCUGCAGACCAGCCUUGGCCUGGCACAAGAUGCUGCCUCUAAACACAAGCAGCUGUCUGAACUUCUACGGGCUGGUAGCUCCCCAAAUCUCAAUAUGGGGGUUGGUGGCCCUGGCCAAGGCAUGGCCAGUCAAACCCAACAAAAUAGUCCUGGAAUGGGAAUGUUAAAUAGCAUGGUGAAAAGCCCCAUGGCACAGGCUGGGUUGACUUCUCCCAAUAUGGCGAUGGGUGCGAGUGGACCAAACCAGGGUCCUUCUGCUCAAUCCACAGCUGCAAUGAUGCCAACAGUGAACAGCCCAGUUAACCAGCCUGGCAUGGGAAUGAACACAGGGAUGAAUGCUGGCAUGAAUCCUGGGAUGUUGGCAGCAGGCAACGGACAGGGGAUGAUGCAGGGGCAAGUCAUGAACGGUUCAAUUGGAGCAGGCAGAGGGCGACCCAAUAUGCCGUACCCAAACCCAGGCAUGGGCAGUGCUGGUAACUUGUUGGCUGAGACACUGCAACAAGGCACUCCACAGAUGGGAGGGCAGGCUGGACUGAGAGGGCCACAGCCUGGAGCCAUGAACAAGAUUGGAAUGAUGAGCAAUCCCAGCCCUUAUGGCCAGCCCUAUAGUCAAAAUACUGGGCAGCAGAUUGGAGCCAGUGGACUUGGCCCUCAGAUGCAGAAUAAAGCUGGACUGCAGAAUAGCUUACCACAGUUUCCAAUGGACAAGAAGCCAGUUCCUGGGGCAGGAAUGCCUAACAUGGGCCAGCAGCAGGCUCCCCAAGUACAGCAAGCUGGGAUGGGGCCAGCAGCUUCUCAAGGCAUGGGGUCUGGAGCACCGACAGCAGAUCCAGAAAAGCGCAAACUCAUUCAGCAGCAGCUCGUUCUCCUCUUACAUGCUCACAAGUGUCAGCGCCGAGAGCAGGCCAACGGGGAGGUGCGGCAGUGCAACCUCCCGCACUGCCGAACCAUGAAGAAUGUCCUGAACCACAUGACACAUUGUCAGGCUGGCAAAUCUUGCCAAGUGGCACAUUGCGCAUCUUCCCGACAAAUCAUCUCACAUUGGAAGAAUUGUACAAGACAUGAUUGUCCUGUAUGUUUGCCGCUCAAAAAUGCUGGAGACAAAAGAAAUCAGCAAUCGCUGCUGGGCGGAGCUGCGGUAGGACUUGCCAAUACCGGCUCUGUGGGCGUGGGGCAGCAGACAACGCCCAGCAUCAACACUACCAGUCAGAUAGACCCCAGCUCCAUCGAGAGAGCCUAUGCAGCCCUCGGACUCACCUAUCAAGGCAACCAGAUGCAGACACAGCCCCAGGCUCAAGUCAAGAAUCAGCAACAGGGACAGUCGCCCCAGGGUCUGCGCCCCAUGAAUCCUAUGAAUGCAAACCCAAUGGGAGUGAAUGGAGGAGUAGGGGUUCAACCCCCUAAUCUGCUGCCUGACUCAAUGUUACAUUCAACCAUGAAUUCUCAGAACCCCAUGAUGAGUGAAAGCGCCAAUGUUGCCAGUUUGGGAGCCAUGCCAACAGCUCAACCAUCCAAUGCCGGAAUUCGAAAGCAGUGGCAUGAAGACAUUACUCAGGAUCUCCGAAACCACCUUGUUCAUAAAUUAGUCCAAGCCAUAUUUCCUACUCCUGACCCUGCAGCUUUGAAGGAUCGACGUAUGGAGAAUCUGGUGGCAUAUGCUCGGAAAGUGGAAGGGGACAUGUAUGAAUCAGCAAACAGCAGGGCAGAGUACUAUCACUUGCUAGCAGAGAAGAUCUACAAGAUUCAGAAGGAGUUGGAGGAGAAACGAAGAACAAGGCUGCAGAAGCAAAAUAUGAUUCCAAAUGCUCCAGGCAUGCCACAAGCUCCCAUGAAUCAAGGGCCCAAUAUGGGACAGCCACAGCCAGGAAUGUCUGCAAAUGGUCCUCUUCCUGACCCAACCUUGAUACGUGCCAAUGUGCCAAACCAGAUGAUGAAUCGCAUGCAGGCACAGCCAGGAAUGAAUCAGUUUGGCCAGAUGAACAUGCAGCUGUCACCGAUGGGACCCCGACAAACCCCUCCUCUUCAGCACCCUGGACAGCUAAGUCAGGCCGGGGCCAUGAACCAGAUGGGAUUUCCUUCACGUAUGCAGCAACCAGGAGUUGGCCAGCCUUCUGGUCAGAAUCAAUUUCUACAACAGACUCAGUUCCCUGCUUCUUCCCCAGGAAUGAACACAGCAAGCAUGCCUAUGACUCAGCCUGGCAAUCAGACACCAGUAUCUCAAGCACAAAUGACCAGCGCUUCCUGUCCUGUGAACUCUCCUGCAAUGGCUCCAGGUUCUCAAGGGAGCCAUAUUCACUGCCCACCUCUUCCACAGCCUCCCAUGCACCAAAAUUCUCCUUCUCCGGUACCUAGCCGAACCCCAACACCUCACCACACGCCCCCAGGCUUGGGAUCACAGCAACAGCAGGCGGCAGCAGCUGCUGCCACCACUGCCCCCACACCUGCUCCUCAGGCAAUGCCACCUGGACCACAGUCCCAAACUAUGCACCCCCCUCAAAGGCAGACUCCAACGCCUCCGCAGACGCAGCUGCCUCCGCAAGUCCAGCCUCCGGUUCCAGUUACCCCUUCUGCAGAGCAGCAGCAGCAGCCCUUGUCACAGCAGAGCACGACUGCAUCUGUUCCCACACCAACAGCACCGCUGCAACCUCAGCACCCCACAACACCUCUUUCACAGCCAGCUGUGAGCAUUGAUGGGCAGGUAUCCAACCCCCCAUCCACCAGCAGCACAGAGGUGAACUCUCAGCAAACUGUUCCAGAACAGCAGCAGCCACCCUUGCAGGAAGUGAAAAUGGAGAUUAAAACAGAAGAAGGGGAACCAGAACAAACAGAGAUGCAAAUGGAGGAGAAAUCUGAGACUAAAGUAGAACCAGUCGUGGAGGAGUGUAAGCCAGACCCAAUGGAGCAAGAGGAGAAGAAACCUGAAAUGAAGACUGAAGUACCAGAGGGGGAAGAAAGACCUACUACUCCAGCAACUCAGUCUUCUCCAGCAGCUGGGCAGUCUAAGAAAAAAAUUUUCAAGCCAGAAGAGUUGCGGCAGGCGCUUAUGCCAACACUGGAGGCACUUUACCGUCAGGAUCCAGAGUCUCUUCCAUUUCGACAGCCUGUGGACCCCCAGCUACUAGGAAUUCCUGAUUAUUUUGACAUAGUAAAGAACCCCAUGGAUCUUUCUACUAUCAAGAGAAAGCUGGACACAGGACAGUAUCAGGAGCCAUGGCAGUAUGUGGAUGACAUCUGGCUCAUGUUCAAUAAUGCCUGGUUGUAUAACCGCAAAACAUCCCGGGUGUACAAGUACUGUUCCAAACUGGCAGAGGUGUUUGAGCAAGAAAUUGACCCAGUUAUGCAGAGCCUUGGUUAUUGCUGUGGAAGAAAGUUGGAGUUCUCGCCACAGACUUUGUGUUGCUAUGGCAAACAGCUAUGCACGAUCCCUCGAGAUGCCACUUACUACAGUUACCAGAACAGGUAUCAUUUCUGUGAGAAGUGCUUCAACGAAAUCCAAGGGGAGAGCGUUUCUCUGGGAGAUGACCCAUCACAACCUCAAACCACAAUAAACAAAGAACAGUUUUCAAAAAGGAAAAAUGAUACACUGGAUCCCGAGCUAUUUGUUGAAUGUAUAGAGUGUGGAAGAAAAAUGCACCAGAUCUGUGUUCUUCAUAAUGAAAUAAUCUGGCCUUCUGGUUUCGUCUGUGAUGGCUGCCUAAAGAAAACAGGACGAACCAGGAAAGAGAACAAAUUCUCUGCUAAAAGGUUACCAGCUACAAGACUUGGUACCUUCCUGGAGAACAGAGUCAAUGAUUUCCUAAGACGACAGAAUCAUCCCGAGGCAGGAGAGGUCACAGUUAGGGUGGUACAUGCAUCCGACAAAACUGUUGAAGUAAAACCAGGAAUGAAAGCAAGGUUUGUAGACAGUGGAGAGAUGGCGGAGUCUUUCCCUUACCGAACAAAAGCACUUUUUGCCUUUGAGGAGAUUGAUGGUGUAGACCUGUGCUUCUUUGGUAUGCAUGUGCAGGAAUAUGGCUCAGACUGCCCUCCACCCAAUCAAAGGCGAGUGUAUAUAUCUUACCUUGACAGUGUUCAUUUCUUCCGACCUAAAUGCUUGAGGACUGCUGUCUAUCAUGAAAUACUAAUUGGAUAUCUAGAAUAUGUUAAGAAACUAGGGUAUACUACUGGACACAUCUGGGCGUGCCCGCCCAGUGAAGGAGAUGACUACAUCUUCCACUGCCAUCCUCCUGACCAAAAGAUACCUAAACCCAAGCGACUGCAAGAGUGGUACAAAAAGAUGCUGGACAAGUCUGUGUCGGAGCGCAUCGUCCAUGAUUACAAGGAUAUAUUUAAGCAGGCAACAGAAGAUCGUCUAACAAGUGCAAAGGAGCUCCCUUACUUUGAAGGGGACUUCUGGCCUAAUGUUCUGGAGGAGAGUAUUAAGGAACUAGAGCAAGAGGAAGAAGAACGGAAGAGAGAAGAAAACACUAGUAAUGAAAGCACUGAUGUGAGCAAGGGAGACAGCAAAAAUGCCAAAAAGAAGAACAAUAAGAAGACAAGCAAAAACAAGAGCAGCUUGAGUCGUGGCAAUAAGAAGAAGCCUGGCAUGCCCAAUGUGUCCAAUGACCUCUCCCAAAAGCUGUAUGCCACUAUGGAGAAGCACAAGGAGGUCUUCUUUGUCAUCCGUCUCAUUGCUGGCCCUGCAGCCAACUCCCUGCCCCCCAUCAUUGAGCCUGACCCGCUCAUUCCAUGUGACCUGAUGGACGGGCGUGAUGCCUUCCUAACCCUUGCUAGAGACAAGCACCUGGAGUUCUCCUCACUACGAAGGGCUCAGUGGUCAACCAUGUGCAUGCUGGUGGAACUGCAUACCCAGAGCCAAGACCGCUUUGUUUACACCUGCAACGAGUGCAAGCAUCAUGUGGAGACCAGAUGGCAUUGCACUGUCUGUGAGGAUUAUGACCUGUGCAUCACCUGCUAUAACACUAAAAACCACGACCACAAGAUGGAGAAAUUAGGCCUUGGUCUAGAUGAUGAGAGCAACAACCAGCAGACCGCCACGACGCAGAGCCCCGGCGAUUCCCGGCGCCUGAGCAUCCAGCGCUGUAUCCAGUCUCUGGUCCACGCCUGCCAGUGCCGCAACGCCAACUGCUCGCUGCCGUCCUGUCAGAAGAUGAAACGGGUUGUCCAACACACCAAAGGCUGCAAACGCAAGACCAACGGAGGGUGCCCCAUCUGCAAGCAACUCAUUGCUCUCUGCUGCUACCACGCAAAGCACUGCCAGGAGAACAAGUGCCCUGUGCCCUUCUGCCUCAACAUCAAACACAAGCUCCGUCAGCAGCAGCUCCAGCACCGCCUGCAGCAGGCGCAGAUGCUGCGAAGGAGGAUGGCGAGCAUGCAGCGCACGGGUGUGGCGGGCCAGCAGCAAGGAUUGCCCUCGCCGACGCCGGCCACGCCGACGACUCCGACAGGCCAGCAGCCCCCGACACCGCAAACCCCACAGCCCCAGCCUCCGCCCCAGCCUGUGUCACAGCCUCAGCCUGCACCUCCCAACAGCAUGCCACCCUACACCAUGCCAAGAACUCAGCCCCCCAGCGCUGUGUCCCAGGGCAAGGCAGGUGGCCAGGUGACGCCUCCAACUCCGCCUCAGCCACCGCAGCCGCCAGUUCAGGGCCCUCCUCCGGCAGCAGUAGAAAUGGCCAUGCAGAUCCAGCGGGCAGCAGAGACCCAGCGCCAGAUGGCACAGGUUCAGAUCUUCCAAAGGCCGAUUCAGCACCAGAUGCCCCAGAUGCCACCGAUGGGAAUGAACCCUCCACAGAUAGGCAGAGGUCCCGGUGGCCAUAUAGAUCAAGGAAUGGGGCCAGCAGGAAUUCAGCAGCAGCCACCGUGGGUGCAGGGGGCCUUACCCCAAGCUCAGCUGCAGCCAGGAAUGCAGAGGCCAUCCAUGAUGUCAGUAGCUCAGCCGGGUCAGCCGAUGAAUAUGGCCCCUCAGCCAGGGAUGGGUCAAGUACCUGGCGCUGCUCAGUCCAAACAACCACCUCUGCCCCAGGCGGCCUUACAAAACCUACUGCGGACUCUCAGGUCUCCCAGCUCACCCAUGCAGCAGCAGCAGGUGCUUAACAUCCUUCACUCCAACCCUCAGCUGCUGGCCGCUUUCAUCAAGCAGCGGGCGGCCAAGUACGCGGGGUCCCAGAACCCGCAGGGCAUGGCGGGGCAGCCUGGCCUCCCGCAGGGGCAGCCGGGGCUCCAGCCGCAGCAGGCCAUGCAAGGGCAGCAGGCAGGGGUGCACCCCAAUGCAGCCAUGCAGAACAUGAACCCCAUGCAGGCAGGAGUGCAGAGGCCCAGCAUGCCCCAGCAGCAGCCGCAGCAGCAGCCGCAGCAGGCCAUGGCUGGGAUGAAUCCUCAGGCGCAGCAGAUGAAUAUGAAUCACUCGGGGAUGGCUCCCCAGUUCCGAGAUCUCCUGAUGAGACGGCACCAGAUGAUGGAGCAGCAGCGCCACCAGCAGCAGCAGCAGCAGGGAGCGGGACCGGCGCUGGGGCCAGGGAUGGCCAACCACAACCAGUUUCAGCAGCCCCAGGGUGUCGGGUAUCCCCAGCAGCAGCAGCAGCGGAUGCAGCAUCACAUGCAGCAGAUGCAGCAAGGAAACAUGGGACAAAUAAGCCAGCUUCCACAGGCCAUGAGUGCAGAGACAGGAGCCAGUUUGCAACAGGCCUUCCAGCAAAGGCUGCUUCAGCAGCAGAUGGGGUCCCCAGCUCAGCCCAAUCCUAUGAGCCCCCAACAGCACAUGCUCCCCAAUCAGGCCCAGUCCCCGCACCUCCAGGGCCAGCAGCUCCCUUCAUCGCUCACCAAUCAAGUGCGUUCUCCGCAGCCUGUACCCUCACCGCGGCCCCAGUCCCAGCCCCCUCAUUCCAGCCCAUCCCCUCGGAUGCAGCCUCAGCCUUCUCCGCACCACGUCUCCCCGCAGACCAGCUCCCCACAUCCAGGACUGGUAGCUGCCCAGGCUAACCCCAUGGAUCAAGGGCACUUUGCCAGCCCGGACCAGAGUGCAAUGCUUUCCCAGCUUGCUAGCAAUCCCGGCAUGGCAGGCCUCCAUGGUACAAGCGCCACGGAACUGGGGCUCAGCUCCGAGAACUCAGACUUGAAUUCAAACCUUUCACAGAGUACACUAGACAUACACUAGACACGUUGUAGCAUUUUGGGAGCAAAAAAAAAUUAAAAACCAGAAAAUAAAAAAAAAACUUAUUUUCGCAAGACUUUUUGUACUGAAGACAAAUUUUUUUGAAUCUUUCUUAGCUAAAAGGACAUUUUUCCCUGGAACACAUCUGAACUCUGCAACAGUAGUUUGUGGUUUUAAAAACAAACCGACAAUGAACCUGAGGGACAGUAGAGUACAAAGAAUAUAUUUUUGUUAUGGCUGGA